CCUCAGAGAAAACCCAAGAUCACUGCCUCCCGCAAACUCCUGCUGAAGAGCCUGAUGCUGGCCAAGGCCAAGGAGUGCUGGGAGCAGGAGCACCAGGCGCGCGAGGCCGAGAAGACGCGCUACCUGGCCGAGCGCAUCCCCGCGCUGCAGACCCGGGGCCUGUCGCUCAGCGCCCUGCAGGACCUGUGCCGGGACCUGCACGCCAAGGUGGAGGUGGUGGAUGAGGAGAGAUACGACAUUGAGGCCAAAUGCCUGCACAACACCAGGGAGAUCAAGGACCUGAAGCUCAAGGUGAUGGACCUUCGUGGGAAGUUCAAGCGCCCCCCUCUGCGGCGAGUCCGCGUCUCGGCCGACGCCAUGCUGCGUGCCCUGCUGGGCUCCAAGCACAAGGUGUCCAUGGACCUGCGUGCCAACCUCAAGUCUGUGAAGAAGGAGGACACAGAGAAGGAGCGGCCCGUGGAGGUGGGCGACUGGAGGAAGAACGUGGAGGCCAUGUCUGGGAUGGAGGGCCGCAAGAAGAUGUUCGACGCCGCCAAGUCCCCAACCACCCAGUAGAAGGUGCUCCGGGCACCCUGCCCUCUCCCUCCUCCCCACCCGCCCGCCCAGCUCUCAGCAUCGCCCUGCACCGCAGAGCACCUCACCCUGCUUCCACGUCUCCCCCCAGCCUGAGCGCCCUCCAGGACUGGGACUCCAGAUGCCAGAGGAGGAAUGGCAGCGUCUGAAGACCUCGCCUGGCUGGUGGGUGGGCUCCCUGGGGCUCCCGGCCGCGUGGCGCAGCCACUCUGCAUGUCGAGCGCCCGC